AUGUGGCGAAUUAUUAUAGCAACAUGUCUUGCAGCAACUGCAGCAUCUCUAAUACCAAACUACAAAUCAAACGAUGGUUAUGGUACGCCAACAGGAUACGAUGACCAUUACGGGAAAAUGACACAUGGUCAUAGCGGUAACACAGAUCACGGUGACAGUAACGGAAAAAAAGGAUACAGUGACGGUUAUAGUAAUACAGGUUACGAUGACAGUUACGGGAAACAUGGAUACAGUGACGGUUAUGGUAAAACAGGUUACGAUAACGGUUACGGGAAAGCAGGAAACAGUGGAGGUAAUGCAAACACAGGAAAUUCGCUCAACCAUAUAGCCGAAAUUUUAGGUGGACCUCAAAGCACACAUACAUCGUCCGGUCACGGAAAAGACUAUGGAUCUUCAGGAUAUAAAAAAUCGAAAAAAGUUGUAGUUGUAUCGCACUCUGGAAACACAGGAACUUCGGUCAACCAUAUAGCUGGAAUUUUAGGUGGAUCUCAAAGCACACAUACAUCGUCAGGUUAUGGAAAUGACUAUGGGUCUUCAGGAUAUAAGAAACAUAAAAACGGUGUAGUUGUAUCAAACUCUGGAGUAACAGGACAUUCAGUCAACCAUAUAGCCGGAAUCUUAGGUGGUGGAUCUCAGGGUGCACAUACAUCGUCAGGUUAUGAUAAUGACUAUGGGUCUUCAGGAUAUAAGAAACCUAAAAAGGUUGUAGUUGUAUCAAACUCUGGAAGCACAGGAAAUUCAGUCGGUAAUCUAGCCGAAAUCUUAGGUGGUGGAUCUCAGGGGACACAUACUUCGUCAGGUUAUGGAAAUGACUAUGGGUCUUCAGGAUAUAAGAAAAAUAAAAAAGUUGCAGUUGUAUCGCACUCUGGAAGCACAGGAAAUUCAGUCGGUAAUCUAGCCGGAAUCUUAGGUGGUGGAUCUCAGGGUACACAUACAUCGUCAGGUUAUGGAAAUGACUAUGGGUCUUCAGGAUAUAAGAAACAUGAAAACGGUGUAGUAUCAAACUCUGGAGUAACAGGAAACUCAGUCAACCAUAUAGCCGGAAUCUUAGGUGGUGGAUCUCAGGGUACACAUACAUCGUCAGGUUAUGGAAAUGACUAUGGAUCUUCAGAAUAUAAGAAACCUAAAAAAAAUGUAGUUGUAUCAAACUCUGGAAGCACAGGAAAUUCAGCCGGCAAUCAAGUCGGAAUCUUAGGUGGUGGAUCUCAGGGUACAGAUACAUCGUCAGGUUAUGGAAAUGACUAUGGGUCUUCAGGAUAUAAGAAACCUAAAAAAGUUGUAGUUGUAUCGCACUCUGGAAACACAGGUAUUUCAGUCGGCAAUCUAGCCGGAAUCUUAGGUGGUGGAUCUCAGGGUACACAUACAUCGUCAGGUUAUGGAAAUGACUAUGGGUCUUCAGGAUAUAAGAAACAUAAAAACGGUGUAGUUGUAUCAAACUCUGGACUAACAGGAAAUUCUGUCAACCAUAUAGCCGGAAUCUUAGGUGGUGGAUCUCAGGGUACACAUACAUCGUCAGGUUAUGGAAAUGACUAUGGAUCUUCAGGAUAUAAGAAACCUAAAAAAAAUGUAGUUGUAUCAAACUCUGGAAGCCCAGGAAAUCCAGCCGGCAAUCAAGUCGGAAUCUUAGGUGGUGGAUCUCAGGGUACACAUACAUCGUCAGGUUAUGGAAAUGACUAUGGGUCUUCAGGAUAUAAGAAACAUAAAAACGGUGUAGUUGUAUCAAACUCUGGAAGCACAGGAAAUUCAGUCGGCAAUCUAGCCGGAAUCUUAGGUGGUGGAUCUCAGGGUACACAUACAUCGUCAGGUUAUGGAAAUGACUAUGGGUCUUCAGGAUAUAAGAAACAUAAAAAAGUUGUAGUUGUAUCAAACUCUGGAAGCACAGGAAAUAAAGCCGGCAAUCUAGCCGGAAUAUUAGGUGGUGGAUCUCAGGGGACACAUACAUCGUCAGGUUAUGGAAAUGACUAUGGGUCUUCAGGAUAUAAGAAACAUAAAAAAGUUGUAGUUGUAUCAAACUCUGGAAGCACAGGAAAUUCAGCCGGCAAUCUAGCCGGAAUCUUAGGUGGUGGAUCUCAGGGUACACAUUCAUCGUCAGGUUACGGAAAUGACUAUGGAUCUUCAGGAUAUAAGAAACAUAAAAACGGUGUAGUUGUAUCAAACUCUGGAGUAACAGGACAUUCAGUCAACCAUAUAGCCGGAAUCUUAGGUGGUGGAUCUCAGGGUGCACAUACAUCGUCAGGUUAUGGAAAUGACUAUGGGUCUUCAGGAUAUAAGAAACCUAAAAAGGUUGUAGUUGUAUCAAACUCUGGAAGCACAGGAAAUUCCGUCGGUAAUCUAGCCGGAAUCUUAGGUGGUGGAUCUCAGGGGACACAUACUUCGUCAGGUUAUGGAAAUGACUAUGGGUCUUCAGGAUAUAAAAAACAUAAAAAAGUUGUAGUUGUAUCGCACUCUGGAAGCACAGGACAUUCAGUCAACCAUAUAGCCGGAAUCUUAGGUGGUGGAUCUCAGGGUACACAUACAUCGUCAGGUUAUGGAAAUGACUAUGGGUCUUCAGGAUAUAAGAAACAUAAACACGGUGUAGUAUCAAACUCUGGAGUAACAGGAAAUUCAGUCAACCAUAUAGCCGGAAUAUUAGGUAGUGGAUCUCAAAGCACACAUACAUCGUCAGGUUAUGGAAAUGACUAUGGGUCCCCAGGAUAUAAGAAACCUAAAAAAGUUGUAGUUGUAUUAAACUCUGGAAGCACAGGAAAUUCAGCCGGCAAUCUAGCCGGAAUAUUAGGUGGUGGAUCUCAGGGGACACAUACAUCGUCAGGUUAUGGAAAUGACUAUGGGUCUUCAGGUUAUAAGAAACCUAAAAAAGUUGUAGGGAUAUCAAACUCUGGAAGCACAGGAAAUUCAGUCGGCAAUCUAGCUGGAAUCUUAGGUGGGGGAUCUCAGGGUACACAUACUUCGUCAGGUUAUGGAAAUGACUAUGGAUCUUCAGGAUACAAAAAAACGAAAAGGGUUGUAGUUGUCUCAAACUCUGGAAGCACAGGAAGUUCAGUCGGCAAUCUAGCCGGAAUCUUAGGUGGUGGAUCUCAGGGCACACAUACAUCGUCAGGAUAUGGAAAAGACUAUGGGUCUUCAGGAUAUAAAAAAUCUAAGAAGGUUAUAGUUAUACCAAGCUCUAGCAACACAGGAAAUUCGGUCGGUCAUAUAGCCGGAAUUUUAAGUGGAACUCAAAGCACAGACAUAUUGUCAGGUCACGGAAAUGACUGUCGGUCUUCCGAAUAUAGAAAAUCUAAGAAGGUUAUUGUGGUACCGAACACAAGCACCACAGGAAAUUUGGUCGGCCGCAUAUCGAACAUUUUAGGCGGAUUUCAAAACACACAUACAUCUUCAGGCUAUGGAAAAGACUAUGGGUCUUCAGGAUAUAAGAAACCUAAAAAAGUUGUAGUUGUAUCGCACUCUGGAAGCACAGGAAAUUCAGUCGGCAAUCUAGCCGGAAUCUUAGGAGGUGGAUCUCAGGGGACACAUACAUCGUCAGGUUAUGGAAAUGACUAUGGAUCUUCAGGAUAUAAAAAAUCUAAGAAGUUUAUAGUUGUUCCGAACACUAGCAACACAGUACAUUCGGCCCGAAUUAUAGCCGGAAAUUUAGGUGGAUCUCAAAACACACAUACUUCUUUAGGUCACGGAAAAGACUACGGGUCUUCAGGAUAUAAAAAAUCUAAGAAGGUCUUAGUUGUUCCGAACACUAGCAACACAGUACAUUCAGCCCGAAUUAUAGCCGGAAUUUUAGGUGGAUCUCAAAACUCACAUACAUCUUCAGGUCACGGGAAAGACUAUGGCUCUUCAGGCUAUAAGAAACCUAAAAACGUUGUAGGUGUAUCGCACUCUGGAAGGACAGGACAUUCAGUCGGCAAUCUAGCCGGAAUCUUAGGUGGUGGAUCUCAGGGGACACAUACAUCGUCAGGUUAUGGAAAUGUCUAUGGGUCUUCAGGAUAUAAGAAACAUAAAAAAGUUGUAGUUGUAUCAAACUCUGGAAGCACAGGAAAUUCAGUCGGCAAUCUAGCCGGAAUUUUAGGUGGUGGAUCUCAAAGCACACAUACAUCGUCAGGUUAUGGAAAUGACUAUGGGUCUUCAGGAUAUAAGAAACCUAAAAAAGUUGUAGUUGUAUCGCACUCUGGAAGCACAGGCAAUUCAGUCGGCAAUCUAGCCGGAAUCUUAGGUGGUGGAUCUCAGGGGACACAUACAUCGUCAGGUUAUGGAAAUGACUAUGGGUCUUCAGGAUAUAAGAAACCUAAAAACGUUGUAGGUGUAUCGCACUCUGGAAGCACAGGAAAUUCAGUCGGCAAUCUAGCCGGAAUCUUAGGUGGUGGAUCUCAGGGGACACAUACAUCGUCAGGUUAUGGAAAUGUCUAUGGGUCUUCAGGAUAUAAGAAACAUAAAAAAGUUGUAGUUGUAUCAAACUCUGGAAGCACAGGAAAUUCAGUCGGCAAUCUAGCCGGAAUUUUAGGUGGUGGAUCUCAGGGUUCACAUACAUCGUCAGGUUAUGGAAAUGACUAUGGGUCUUCAGGAUAUAAGAAACCUAAAAAAGUUGUAGUUGUAUCGCACUCUGGAAGCACAGGAAAUUCAGUCGGCAAUCUAGCCGGAAUCUUAGGUGGUGGAUCUCAGGGGACACAUACUUCGUCAGGUUAUGGAAAUGACUAUGGGUCUUCAGGAUAUAAGAAACAUAAAAACGUUGUAGGUGUAUCGCACUCUGGAAGCACAGGAAAUGCAGUCGGCAAUCUAGCCGGAAUCUUUGGUGGUGGAUCUCAGGGCACACAUACAUCGUCAGGUUAUGGAAAUGACUAUGGAUCUUCAGGAUAUAAAAAAUCUAAGAAGUUUAUAGUUGUUCCGAACACUAGCAACACAGUACAUUCGGCCCGAAUUAUAGCCGGAAAUUUAGAUGGAUCUCAAAACAUACAUACUUCUUCAGGUCACGGAAAAGACUAUGGGUCUUCAGGAUAUAAAAAUUCUAAGAAGUUUAUAGUUGUUCCGAACACUAGCAACACAGUACAUUCGGCCCGAAUUAUAGCCGGAAAUUUAGAUGGAUCUCAAAACUCACAUACAUCUCCAGGUUACGGGAAAGACUAUGGCUCUUCAGGAUAUAAGAAAUAUAAAAAGGUUGUAGUUGGAUCUAACUCUGGCAACACAGGAAAUUCGGUUGACCAUAUAGCUGCAAUUUUAGGCGGAUCUCAAAGCACACAUACACCGUGGUCUGGUCACGGAAAAGACUAUGGGUCUUCAGGAUAUAAAAAAUCUAAGAAGGUUAUAGUUGUACCAAGCACUAGCAACACAGGAAAUUCGGUCGGCCACAUAUCCAAUAUCUUAGGUGGAUCUCUAAGCACACAUACUACUUCAGGUCACGGAAAUGACUAUGGGUCUACAGGGUAUCGAAAGAAGGUUGACAAGGGAGGCGUUUUACGAUGA